UUCGGGGUCACCAGUGUGCCCUCCUCUCCGGUCCCUUUCUUACUUCUCCUCGCUGCAACAACAAGGGAAAUAGUCUGCCCUUUGUAAUAUCUAAUACCACCCGCAGUCGCUCGUUUGUCUGCAGAUACGGAAAGGACUUAUCAACCGGAUUACCUUCUACUCUCGUUGUUGAUAAACAUACCUCUGUGUUGCUCCAGGCGUCGGUCGUUUUCUUUUUUCAUAUCAGCAAGCAACUAAGGAUAUCUCAAGGACACAAUGCGCGCCGCUACACUUGCUCUGGGGGCCUUGUCCCUCGGCCUGGCCCAGGCAUGGACGUAUCCUGACUGUGACCCUGACAACUGCUACAAUGAGAUGACAGACGAGCGGUUCUACGGACAAGUCAAGGAGUUUUGCCCUGGGUUUUUGGGUGGAAGCAUUAAGAAUAUCCCGGAUUACCUCGAAAACUGCGACAACGACCGCACGGCUGUUAGCUCAGCCUGCUCCUGCAUCACUUAUACCGCAACUCACACGACCGGGGCCCCUACUACCCAGACCAGUGUUCCUGCCGUGACGACUACGGCCUCGGACACCACGGUUGCGCCUACGACCUCUAUCCCCGACAUCACUCAACCGCCCUCUUCUACCGUAACGAGUGCCCCGCCCACUUCAUCCACGACUACGGAUGAUGAUUCUGAUUGUGAGGACGAGCCUGAGACUUCGACGGACGUUACUGUGCUGCCCUCUUCCUCGGCAGUUAGCACCUCGGCGACCAUCACCGUUCCCCCCUCUUCCUCGGCUACUAUCACCGUUCCUCCCAGCUCGGCAGUGAGCUCCGCUCCUGUCUCUUCGACCACCGAUGAUGAAUGCACUGAUGACGAGCCCGAGACUUCGACUGACGUUACCGUUCCUCCCUCUUCUUCCGUCACCAUUACUGUUCCUCCCAGCUCGGUAGUGAGCUCCGUUCCCGUCUCUUCGACCACCGAUGAUGAAUGCACCGACGACGAGCCCGAGACUACAUCUUCGGUUGUGGUGGUUCCCUCUUCGUCCAUCCCCGUUACCAUCACUUCCGCGGCCCCCGUUCCAUCUACUACUUCGGCCCAGGAGUCCGGCACCACCGAGUGGACGACCAGCACCAUCGUCACCACCACCACCCGCACAAUCACGCAGUGCCCUACCACUGUCACCGACUGCCCUGCUCACUCAACCACCGUGACCACUGAGACCAUCACCAUCGGUACCACUGUCUGCUCUGUUACUUCGACCGCGUCCGAAUCCUCGGUCCCCUCGGUUACCGUCAUCCCCAGUGCAACUUCUUCGUCGGUCCCAGUUGGCAUCACUUCUGCGGCCCCUGUAUCCUCGACCUCCAAGGCUCCCGUCGAAUCUUCUUCUGAAUCCUCCACCGAGUGGACGACUAGCACCAUCAUCGCCACCACCACCCGCACAAUCACGCAGUGCCCUACCACCGUAACUGACUGCCCUGCUCACUCCACCACCGUGACCACGGAGACUAUCACCAUCGGGACCACCGUCUGCCCUGUGACUUCUACCGCUUCCGAAUCUUCGGUCCCCGUCACCGUCACUUCUGUGGUCCCUGUGCCCUCGACCUCAGUCCCCAUUACUAUUACUUCCGCGGCCCCUGUUUCCUCGACCUCGGCUGCUCCCAUCGAGUCUUCGGCUGAAUCUUCCGUCGAGUGGACGACCAGCACCAUCGUCACCACUACCACUCACACUAUCACCAAGUGUCCCAUCACCGUUACCGACUGCCCAGCUCACUCGACCACCGUCACCACCGAGACUAUUACCAUUGGCACUACCGUUUGCCCUGUUGAGCCUACUUCCUCUUCGGUUCCCGUCACCAUGCCCAUCUUCACCUCCUCGGCUCCUGUGACCAUCCCCAUCGUCACUUCCUCGGCUGCUCCCAUUCCGAGCUCCAGCGCUGUGGUGGUCCCUCCUCCCGCUCCCAGCUCCAGCGCCGUGGUGGUCCCUCCUCCCGCUCCCAGCUCCAGCGCCGUGGUGGUCCCUCCUCCUGCUCCCAGCUCCAGCGCCGUGGUGGUCCCUCCUCCCGCUCCCAGCUCCAGCGCCGUGGUGGUCCCUCCUCCCGCUCCCAGCUCCAGCGUUGUGGUGGUUCCUCCUCCCGCUCCCAGCUCCAGCGUCGUGGUUGUUCCUCCUCCCGCUCCCAGCUCCAGCGUCGUGGUUGUCCCUCCUCCUGCUCCCAGCUCCAGCGCCGUGGUGGUCCCUCCUCCCGCUCCCAGCUCCAAUGCUAUCGUCAGCAGUGCCGCCCCCGUCCCUGUUCACAGCAGCAGCACCACUUCUUCCGCUCCUGUUGUUUCGGCUCCUCCUGCCAUCAGCUCUACCAUCAGCUCCAUCGUUGUCGUCCCUAGCUCCAGCGCCGUCCCUCCCCCACCUGUGGAGGCUGGCGCCAACGCUGCGGCGAGGAGUGGGUUGCUGGGUGUUGUCGGGUUGCUGUUCGCUCUUCUUUAAGAAAGGAAUGGAUAUACUUGGUACCCUAGUCAGGAACCUAGGAACCCAGAAAAGCUACGAUGUGGAGGAUGACUUUUUUUUAAUGAUUUUGGACAUAUGAAGGGAAGGAAAGGAUGUUAUUAGGAUUUGAAUCGUUGGACAUAUAUGCACAUCAUAUAAUAUGACACGACAUAACAUAACAUAACAAGGACAAAAAGUUACCUUUCUUGUGUUUAUAUUGGAAAUUAAAUGGUGUUUUUACUUUUUUUACUCAUAUUUCUUCUCUUUUCCAUUUUUGUGCCCUGAUCAGUGCGACAGCUUGCGUACCUUGCUUGCUCUUGGAGAGAGAGAGUAUCGGCACUUAGGUAGGUAGGUACUCAAAGUUUUUCAAACCCCCAAACCCAAAAAUUGACUGACUCAGUCAGUCAAUUAGUCCCCAAAAACCCAAGCUGUCAACAUGGCAUGGCAUGGCAACUUCCGUUCCCACUCCACGUGGCAGACAUAGUCGUCCUUCCGUGUCUUGGCUUUGUCGUCGUCACUUUUGCCUUUUAAGCCUUUUAGCCUUUUGUCUUUCAUCUUACAAGUACCCACCCACGUCACAUGGAUGGAUGGAAAGUAAGACAUUCAGGGUCUUUGUCUUUGUUACACGGAAUGAAUGUCUCAUAUCUCGCGGGAAUCGGUGCAAGUCAGGAGCACAGCAGCCCAAUGAAAGAUGACCGCAGACCG